UAUAGCCCCGUUCUUCCAAGUUCUUUGCAUAUUCUUGUCUUCCUCCGCGAAAAUUUUCCCGCCAUGGCGGCAGCCGCAGCGAUGGAUGUAGACUCUAGCUAUGGCGUACUCCAGAGGAAACAGGCAGUCUACAGAUCCUCGGAUGAAGGGUUUCAGAUACAGAAGGAGAUGUACAGAGGGCAACAGUACAGCCAAAUAUACUUUGCGAGGCUUCACCUCUUGAGAACCCUACUUUACUCUCUUAUCCCUUCUUUGAAGCCUGAUUUGCCGAUUUGUACUGUGCUAGGAUUGGAAGAAGGAAAGGAAUGCAUUGUUGUUGGAACCCUAUAUAAGCACAUGAAGCUCAAACCUUCCAUACUUGAGGAAUACUCGAAGGAGAGGUCAGCAAGCCCACUUGUCAGACCCCAGAAUUUUAUGCACUCAGACGAUUAUCUAGUUUUGGAAGACGAAAGUGGAAGAGUUAAACUAUGUGGUGCUCAUCUUUUGCCUUCUGUAUAUGUUACAGGUAUAGUGGUUGCAUUGCAAGGAAAAGAAAAUGGGGCUGGAGAUUUUAUUGUUGAUGAUAUUCUUGAAGCUGGCCUUCCUCAACAGAUAGAGAAGCCACUUAAUUCAGGUGAUGAUAAGUUUGUAGUUUUUGUAUCGGGGUUGAGUGUUGGGGGACAAUCUUCUAAUCCUCUUCAUUUUCAACUCUUCAUUGACCAUAUAACUGGACAUCUUGGAGAUGAAAAGGAACAAGGCAUUGCUGCUCAAAUUGUUCAAGUUGUCCUAGCUGGGAACUCUGUUGAGUAUCCUAGUGGACUUCUAAAUGGCCAGCAGAACUUAAGUUCAAAGGAUCAGUUAAGACUUUCAGAGCCAAUAAAAGAGCUUGAUAUUCUUUUGACUCAGAUUGCUGCAGGUCUGCCUUUGGAUAUAAUGCCAGGAUCAAAUGACCCUGCAAAUUUUGCCUUGCCACAACAGCCUCUGCAUAGAUGCCUUUUUCCAGGAUCUUCAUUGUAUAACACUUUCAGAUCGUGCACCAACCCUCAUUCCUUUGAGAUAGACAAUGUGAAGUUUAUCGGGACAUCCGGUCAGAACAUUGACGAUCUUGCUAAAUAUUCUGAUGCAAAAAGUACAACUGAAUUCAUGGAAAGGACCUUGAGAUGGCGGCACCUGGCACCAACUGCCCCAAAUACUCUAGGUUGUUAUCCAUUCACUGAUAGGGAUCCAUUUUUCAUCGAGACAUGCCCUCAUGUCUAUUUCGCUGGCAAUCAAGACAAGUAUGAGACUGACUUGAUUAAGGGAUCCGAGGGGCAGGUGGUGAGGUUUAUCAGUAUUCCAAGAUUUGCUGAGACUGGAACUGCUGUAAUGUUGAACUUGAGGAACCUAGAAUGUCAUGCUCUCAGUUUUCAAACUCAGAUCGGUUCAUAAAUGAGAACAAUGAUGCUUUUGCGAUCCUAGGACUGCAAGUAAUUUGUUAGAUGGACGGUCCAGAUGUCAUCUGGUUUCGGCAAACUUCAGUAAUUUUCGGUGUUUCUGGGCGUCAUUUAUUAUAGUUGUUCCUCUUAUUGUAUGAUUAAUGGGUGAUGAGCAUAUCUGAUCAUGCUCAUUUGUGCUGACUGAGUGUAGUCAAUGUGUUUUGAUAUGUGAUGUCUUGUGCUUUGCUUCAGGUUUGAACUUUCUUUGUAAUGAAAUGAUGAACUGUCGGAGUAAAUGUUGGCUUAAGAAGACUAGUGUUUAGUCGACAAUUUGGUUUUCAUGUUGACCGGAUCAAAUAAGUAUAGCGUUUGAUUUGAUUCAAUCAGAUCAAAUCAGUGAAGUAGAUAGCACAUAGCACAUAGCAUAUGUUUUAUAGUACAUAAUAAUACAAUAUACAAU